AUGCAGACCACUUCUCAACAGAAUCCCUAUGAUCCCAUCAUCUCGAUCUCCUGUUCAGAAACCACAUUUCCUCAACACAUAGAUUCCCGGUACAUAUAUGACUCAAAUCAGGUUGUAACUGGAAUUUACAACCCCAUCCUCGUUACAGAAACCAAGGUAACUCAAUUCGCACUUAGCUUCUUCUGUCAAUUAGGGGAAAAUGGAUACUGUAACUCUAAGAACCUCUUUUCCAUCUUCAUUGUUAGUAAAGUUUAUGAACAGAGUACAUUGGUAUCUCCUCCCUUAGUUUGGUCAGCCAACCGAGACCAUCCGGUCCAGAACAACGCGACACUGGAUUUCACAGCCGCAGGAGAACUGGUGCUACGUGAUGCGGAUGGAACAACGGUUUGGACCACCAACACGGCUGGUAAAUCCGUGAUUGGCAUGAACUUAACUGAUGCUGGAAACCUGGUGCUGUACGAUGUGAAUCACCAAGUGGUUUGGCAAUCUUUUGAUCACCCGGCCGACUGUUUGUUACCUGGCCAAAAGCUGUAUCAAGGGCAAAAACUUACAUCAUCAACAAAUUGGACAAGUGAUCAGAAAGAUAUGUGUUCCUUUCAAGUCACCGAUGAAGGUUUGUUUGCUUAUGUUGAAUCAAAACCACCUCAAGCCUAUUUUAGUGCAUUUGUAACAAAAACAAAUAAAGGAAAUAAAAGUUAUGUAAGGUUUUUGAAUGAUAGUUUGUCUUUAUUCAUUAAUUCUGUCGAGCCAAGUUAUCCUGAUGGUAUGCUUUCCAUAACUCAAUCAUCAUCCACUAAGUAUAUGAAACUCAUGCCAGAUGGGCAUUUAAGAGUGUUUGAAUGGAACUUUUACAACGGCAAUUGGAAACAGGUUGAUGAUCUACUUACAGACGUUCGUUUAUUUGGAGAAUGUGGUUAUCCUUUGGCUUGUGGGAGAAAUGCCCUUUGCUUGAAUAAUGUUAACCCACAAUGUGUUUGUCCCGUAUCAAACCCUGCUGAGAUAGAAUAUUUCCGAGCAGUAAACAAUCGAGAACCCAACCUCGGUUGCUCUGAAAUUACUCCUCUCAAGUGUAAUGCAACCCAAGAUCAAGAUUUUAUUGCAGUCGAUAACAGCGUCUACUUCACAUUUACCGCCAACUUGAAGAAUGUGAGUGUGGAGACAUGCAAACAAGCAUGUUUGAAAAAUUGCUCGUGCAAAGCAGCUCUAUUUCAGUAUUUUGAUGACAGCAAUUCAAGUGGCAAAUGUUAUCUACCUUCUGACCUAUUUACAAUGGCCACUCAUCCAUAUAAUAGUUAUAAAAAUUACAAAGUUUUUAUAAAAGUCCAAAAUGCAACAACACGUCCUUUGUCUACGUCCCCAGCUCCUUUUGUGUCACCAAAGAUAAAAAACCAAGCUGCAAAAGUCUUAGUUCCUGCCAUUGGAAUUCCUCUUAUUGUGGUGGUAGGUUUCGUUAUGUUUAUUGUCCACAAGAAAAGACAACAUACUGAAACGGAAGAAGAAGAAGAAGAAGAGUAUUUUGAUCAAGUACGGGGAUUGCCCACUCGGUUUUCCUAUGGCGAGUUGAAAGCUGCCACUCAGAAUUUUUGUAAAAAGCUUGGUGAAGGAGGAUUCGGAACAGUUUUCGAAGGGAUCCUGGAAGAUGGCUCCAAAAUUGCAGUUAAAUGUCUUGAGGGUCAUGGGCAGGUCGACAAAUCUUUCCUCGCAGAGGUUGAAUCGAUUGGCAGCAUUCACCAUGUGAAUUUAGUGAGGCUUAGAGGGUUCUCUGCUUGGAAAUCACGACGACUUCUCGUGUAUGACUUCAUGAGUAACGGGUCAUUAGAUCGUUGGAUCUACCAUGGAGAUCUGCAGGGGCAUGUACUGGAAUGGGAAUGCAGAAACAACAUUAUUCUUCAUAUUGCUAAAGGAUUAGCAUAUCUCCAUGACGAGUGUAGGCAACAAAUUAUCCACCUUGAUAUUAAGCCUCAAAACAUACUACUAGACGAAAACUUUAAUGCCAAGGUAUCUGAUUUUGGGUUAUCUAAGCUUGUCGACAAAAAUAAAACGCAAGUGAUGACUACUAUAAAAGGAACCCCAGGGUAUAUUGCUCCAGAAUGUUGGAGCAGCUCAAUUAUAACCGAAAAGGUGGACGUAUAUAGCUUUGGGAUCGUUGUCUUGGAGAUCUUAUGUGGGAGGAAGAUUUUUGAUAGAUCUCUACCAGAAGAAAGUUGGCACUUACUAGCCGCCUUUCAAAAAAGCUGGGAACAAGGAACGUUGUUAGAUUUAGUUGACAAGUAUAGUGAAAAUAUGCAAGCAAAUGGUGCAGAGGUGGUGGAGAUGAUGAAAGUAGUUGCGUGGUGUUUACAAACCGAUUCUACGAGAAGGCCUUCAAUGUCGACGGUUGUUAAGGUGUUAGAAGAUGGAAUGAGUGUUGAAUCAAAUUUGGAUUACAACUUCACAGAUCUGAGAAUGCAGAAAACAGCAAUUGCACAAGAGAAAGAGCUGACACAGCUAAUGCCUUCUAUUCUUUCAUGGCCAAGGUAAUUAAGUAGCUAUGUUCAUUUUUAUGCAUACUUUUGUUGUAUGCUUAAGUGUAGAUUAAAAAAUAUUUUGUUGGCUCUAAAUGUAAAAUAUAUGUUGGCAAA